CUGCCAGCGCCGGCUCAGACGGUGCAGUCGGGUCCUGACAACUUCGCUCUGCCAUGCCGCUCGUAAUCCUCAACACAGAGCUGCCAUUGUUCACCUGGACCGUCGACCACCCAUGGCUCUCUGCCUUCCUCCUCGCACUGGGUUCGUUCACCUUCCUGCGCUUCGCAGUCAAGACCGCCGUCGUCUUCUCGCAGACCUUCUUGCUAGGCGGCACUAGCCUCAAAAAGUUCGGUGCAAAGCAAGGCGCGUGGGCAGUGGUCACCGGCGCCUCCACCGGCAUCGGGCGCGAGUUUGCUGUCCAGUUGGCAAAGGCGGGGUUCAACGUGCUCGUAGCUGCACGGAGCACCAGCUCGCUGAAUGAGACUGUGUCUGAGAUCGCUUCCGCCGCUUCUGGCUCGCAGACCAAGGUCGUGACCAUCGACCUAUCCAAGGAUGACGAAGCCGCGUACGCGUCCUUUGCGGAUACCAUCGCGGCACUCGAUAUCGGCGUGUUAGUGAACAACGCUGGCAAGUCGCACGAGAUGCCCACCGACUUCGUCGAGACCCCCAAAUCCGAGAUGGACGACAUCCUCGCGAUCAACACCAGAGCCGUGCUGCGCAUCACCGCCCUCGUCGUCCCGCACAUGCUCCAGCGCAAACGCGGUCUGAUCCUGAACAUCGGCUCCUUUGCGGGCGAGAUCCCCUCGCCCAUGCUCGCGACCUACUCCGCCUCCAAAGCCUUCCUCGCGACCUUUUCCGCAGCCCUCGGCGCCGAGCUCAAGCCGCACGGCAUCGUCGUCGAGCACGUCAACACCUACUUCGUGGUCUCGAACAUGUCCAAAAUCCGGCGCGCCUCCGCGCUCGUGCCCACGCCGCGCGCCUUCGUGCGCGCCGUCCUCGCGAAGCUCGGCCUCCCCUGCGGCGCCGCGUUCACCGGGCGCCCGCACACGAGCACGCCGUUCUGGAGCCACGCGCUCGUCGACUACGCCAUCGGCGUCCUCGGCUGGACGGGCGGGAUGGUGAGCUACACACACGGGCUGCACAAGAGCAUACGGAAGCGCGCGCUCAGGAAGAAGGAGCGCGAGGCGAAGCGGGAGUAGACUUGGGAUACAGUCUCGUACAAUAUUACUUUGGUACUAGCUUUCUCCGUAACUUCUACCAGCAGCUGGGUGUGCGCUGCCGUGUCCGUGCAACAGGCCACCCUUGCGUGUAUUAUGAGCCCAGACUGCAGUCUGCCCGCGGUGUCUGGGGACGUCGGUCAAAUAGGGGCCAUUUUCGG